GGCUCAAGUGACAGCCGGUGCAGCGGGAUUCGGUAACUGCUAUAUUACUUUCGUGCGUGCUGCUCCCCGAGUUGCAGCAUGACUGGAGAGAAGAGCCCUUUGCCAGCAACAGAUGGUGAAGAGCACAUCACAAAGGACGCGGUCAAGGAGUACUACUCCAAGCACUUGAAGACCUCCGUUGACUUGCAGACCAAUGCCUGUUGCACGUCGGCUCGUCCACCGGACCACAUCGGUACGGCGAUGAUCAACGUCCAUUACGAGGUUGUGUCAAAGUACUACGGUUGCGGUUUGUGCUUGCCCGAAGACAUCGAUGGCCUUUCCAUCCUUGACUUGGGCUGCGGUGCCGGCCGUGACGUCUACAUCGCAUCUCAGCUUGUGGGUGCGAAGGGCCGGGUCGUCGGAGUGGACAUGACGCAGGAACAGCUGGACGUCGCUAUCAAGCACAAGGAGUACCACGCGAAGAUUUUCGGCUACAGCAAUGUGGACUUCAAGCUGGGCUACAUCGAGCGCUUGGGCGAGCUUGGCUUGGAGCCGGGAAGCUUCGACGUCAUCGUGAGCAAUUGCGUGAUCAACUUGAGCCCCGACAAGCAGAGCGUUCUGCGCGAGGCCUUCACGCUCUUGAAGCCGGGCGGUGAGCUGUACUUCAGCGAUGUGUAUGCCGACCGUCGGGUACCCAAGAGCCUGCGUGAGGAUCCCGUCUUGUGGGGGGAGUGCAUCUCUGGUGCCUUGUAUUGGAACGACUUCUUGAACCUUGCGAAGAAGUGCGGCUUCACGGAUCCAAGGCUGAUGAAAGAUAGCAGGAUUACUGUGAACAACCGGAAGCUCGAGGGCAAGCUCGGAGCCCUCAAGUUCUUCUCUGCGACCUACCGCUUGUGGAAGCUUGAGGAUCUUGAAAGCCAUUGCGAGGACUACGGCCAGGCGGUGAUCUACAAGGGCACUUGCCCGCAUUGUCCGGACGUCUUCGACUUGGACGGCCACCACUCCAUCGAGAAGGGCAAGGUCUUCCCCGUGUGCGGCAACACGUGGAAGAUGUUGCACGACACUCGCUUCAAGAAGCACUUCGACUUCAUUGGCAACUUCGACACGCACUACGGCAUCUAUGACGGAUGUGGCACCUCGAUCCCUUAUGCCAGUGCCAAGGACGGCUCGACUGGUGGGGCAUGCUGCUGAAUGCAAAGUGCCCUUCCAUCGGUGAUCGAGCUUUGCCUUGAUCGAAGUCCCCGGAGAGGACCUGCUGGGUCCUCUCUGGACUCCUCGUGCUUCCCCCGGAAAGCGCCGUACAGAAGAGGGGCCCUAAGCCUAGGAAGCUGGCCAAAUGUGCAGAGCCAUGCUUGCAACUUGCGUGCAAGUGGGUUCAGCCUGAUGGAGUUAACGUGUGAGAAGCCAUGUGGGUACGGGUCAAAAUUAAGCCACCGCAG